UAGUCCUCUUCUCCUUGCCUUGCCGUAGUUUGAGCGUAGCCUCGAUCUAUUCCUGGUCAGUUCAGGGUACAGCGCGCUCCUGCUUGAGAAUAAUGGAGCGUCCCAUUAAUUUCAAUGGUGACGAACAUUGGCCUGAAGUAAGGUAUAUCAACAGCUAUGUCCUGUUCAUGGCUUAUGUGUCCAUGGCCGUCAGGGGCGUGGGCUUCCUGAUUCUUACUUGGACCACGGUCGUUCUCCUCGGUGGUUUCGUGACUACGCUGAACACGAAGGACUUCUGCGCUCUUACAGGGAUUACCCUCCUGCAGACGGCUGGGAUAUUCAACGUUCUGUUGAAUGAAAAGUUGGAAUACAUAUGGAAAUCAGCACUGGGCUUAACAUUGGGUUCUACAUUUGCCGUGGUGGGGGCACACGAGAACGAUGGGCAGCUGACUUAUAUUGCACGAUACCUUGUUGGAAUUUCUGCAGCUUUGUUCCAACUGCUGUUGUUCGUCCUUGUAUUGUUGCCUCUGGGGGUUCUAUACAUGUUUGGGCUGCUGUUCUCCACUGGUGUUUCGCUGUGGCGCCUCAUAAAGCACGAUUACGGCGGUAAGAAGGAGAAAGACAACCUAGAACCUGCACUUUAUGUAUUGUACUCCCUUGCUGUGCUGCAGGGUGUGCUCUUCAUCUACAGCUUCGGCUUUGGUCUUGCGGAGAAAAGAAUAGUGAAGAAAGUUGCUGCCGAUUAUAUGUUCGGGGCUCAGACGCACAGUUCGAUUUUGAAAUACUUGCGUGAAACCAGGACCGGUUGCGAGAAGGACCCACUGUUUGCCAAAGGGAGGAACUUCAUCACAUAUGCCGUGGAUCUGAUGAGGUCCAAUAUACUCGAUGACUACCUUCCUGGCCUGUUGAUCCUGGUCCCAAUCGUCGAGAUGCCACUGGAGCUCCUCUUGAAUGCUCCCAACUUCAAUGCCCAGCAGCCGCUGAUGAACCUUCUGAUCAUCUCUGGAUCCUCUGGCACUGUACUGCAGAGACUGCUGCAUACUCUGGAUUCGAGAAGCCCAUAUAAUCUCCCACGUACAAGGGAGUACGCUGCGAGGGUAGUGACACACCUUGCUAGGGACAUCAGUUUGGAGCAGUUCCCACUAGCAAUUCGAAGCAUAUCUUCCCUGCUCGAUGGGUCUGGUUUCAAAUCACUGAUUUUACCUGGCUUGUCUAUCCUUGAGAACCUCGGGACUGACAAGGAGAACUGCAGGAUCAUGAUCAACACAGAUGGUCUUCUCUCCAAGAUCAUGGGGCCCUUAAGCUCCAACCUAUUGCACCAAGUGGAUCAUCAGAAAUGGUCCGACGCAGCAGAGGCAUCACUGAAAGUGAUGAUCUGUUGGCUCGUGACCGCUUCCGAAGAGGCAGCCGACAGGAUGCGUGAUGAAAUCUCAGGCAACCAGGCAGCAGUCAACUGUAUGAAAGGUAUUCUUAGCUGUCAAGGUGAAGGUGGUGAUGGAUGCCAUGUACGCCUGCGUAUUCUAGCCAUGAAGAUCCUCAUACAAGUAACACCACCGAUAGAUACGCGCGGAAAUCUCAUCCAGAUUUUGCUACAGAUAUUUUUAGAGAAAAGGUUUAUAGCCCGCUUCUAUAUUGAAAACAAUGUGCCAUAUAUACACUGCGAAAACAUUGUACCCAAUAACAAUGACAACAGCGACAUCAGAAAGUUGGCAGGUGAAGAUCUUCGGGCAUUAAUAUGUGAAAGCCGUGGUGAUGCCUUGAUAAUCUUACAAGGAGGACGUGGUACUGUAGAGAAUGUUAAGGCCAUUUCUGACGUACUUCUGAAUGAUGAAUGCCACAGUUACCGCAUUAUCUCCGCGGGUAUUCUGGAGGGUAUAUGUGCCCAUUAUAACGAUCACGAUCAGUUCCUCCUCGAUGAUGUGGUCCCAAAGGCGUUUAGACAAGUACUCAUGCCCGGUGCUGAUGCUGACAUAGAAGGCGGGGAGCCGGCCGUGCGGCCCAUGAAUGAAAGUCUGGAGGUGGCCAUAUGGUCCUUUUGCACGGCAGUGUGCGAAAAAUUAAUCAUCACUCCAGGACAUAAUUUGGCUCCUACGUUUGACAAGAUUGUCCCUCCAGUUAACUUUCCAAGAAGUCUCAGUCUGCUGGUAGAUAGAAAUAUAAAUAUUCAUACAGAAGAUGGGGUGAGGCUUCUAAAGUUUGCCUGUAAGAUGACCAUACCAAUGAUACGACACAGGAGCAACUACGACUUGGGGGACCUGACAAGAUUGGAAACCUCGCUGUCCAAUGCUUGGAAUAACGAUGAGUACCUCUCCAAAGAUUUGGACGGCAUGAUGCUUUUAUCUGCAGGCGAUGGUGUUCCUGCCCUGGGUUACCUCGUGAGAGAAGUAAAGCGACUUUUAGCUCAACCCAUUAAUGUUGAUGUUUGAAGGCCAUGGUGUCGUCUGCUACAUCUCAGUGUCGAUUCAAGUUACUAUAUACUCCCUUCGUCCAUUCAGAGUCAUCUGAAUGUCUGAUGCAUCUAGAUUUUGACAAAUCUUAGACAACUUUCAUGUGACGGAGAGAGUAUGUUAAUAUCUCUAUACCGUAUUGCAUUAAUUGUGUCCAUAUAGCCAGGGACCGAGCCAGCAGGGGGCUGGCUGGGGCCAUGGCCCCCCUCAUGAUGGAAAUUUUUAUGAAAAUACCCUUGUUAAUAUGAUGAUUUGACCUGCAGUUUUAGCUAAAUUUAGCUAUAUGGCCCCCUCCAAGAAUUUUUACAUGUAGUUGGCCCCCCUUAUAUCACUUUCCUGGCUCCGUCCCUGCAUAUAGCGCUGCUGAACAUUUGUAUUCCGUGUUCAUGAUGUUUUGCAUUUCCUUCUAA